AUGACUGAACAGGUAGAAAGAAAGAAAUCUUAUCGCUGGGUGAGUGCCGGACAGGCAUCCUAUGAUGGAGCUGAUUGGAAUAGUACGGAUGAUUCAUCCGGGGAAGAGGCAACGAACAAGAGUAGUGUGAAAAGAGGCGACACUGUUUCGAAACUCCCUGCGCUACCCAAGCUCAAUUACAAUCAAGAAGAAGACAGCGAGGACGAAAGGGCUGAGGAUGGCAGUCUAAAUGAUAAUGAACGCAAAGAGCAAUUUAGCAUUUCCCAAACGAUAAAACCGCAAUCAUUAGUUGUUGAGGAUCAAGAUGGGAGUCCGAUUACGUGGGAAUCGCCAGGAUUGGGUGCAUCUUUGUCGCGAGAUAGCUCCAAGAGUUCCGUGCAAGUCCGAAGAACACCUGUGAAUGAGGAUUUAGAAAAUUUAAUGGUUCAGAUUGUUAAGGAAAUGACGCCGAAAGUUGGGCAAUCCGAGGAGUUUGGUGAAGAAGAGCAUUCUGGUGAACCCAAAAGCUACUCUGCGGUGAGUUUGGAAAGAGCGUCGUUGAAUAGCUCCCGCUCGGAGGAUGAGCUUCAAGUAUCAAAAGAUGGUUAUUUCUCGAAGUUCAUCCAAAGGAAAGAUGAAGAUGAUUACAUGUCAGACGAUGGUGCAUCUUCUCAUUCUCCAGUUGAAGAAACAUGUCCGACACCUUCCGUCGCAGAAACAAACAACAAGCAAGGAGAGGAUGGCCUAGCUCAUAGCUUUGAUGAGGAAGCUGUUACUGCUCAAGGUGGAAAAGACGAAGAAGUUUCGGCAGUAAUAGAGGACUCUCGUAGCUUACAACCCUCUUCCGACGAAGAUGCGUAUCUUUCAAGUGAAGAAGGGGACGAAGAUGCACUAUCCUACACUGAUUCAAUUAACUACCAGGCUGCCAGGUCUCAGUCAGCCGGAAAGCAGGAUGUAGACAGCGAGGGUGUUAUAAUCCCCCGGGAAGAUGAAGACUCAGAUGGGUUGGAUGAAGAGAUCAGGGUAUCAAAGUCCGGAUAUUUCAAUAAAAUGGUUCAGAGCGAUAGCGAUGCUAGUGCUAAUGAACAAGAUUCGCUUGACGAUGACGACGAAAGGACGAUUCCUGAGACAAUCAACUCUUCUGAUACCAGUCAGAUAGGUAAAGCUGCUAAUGAAGCAAUACCAGCCGCUAGCAGACAAGAUGAGAACGAACCAGAUGAGAAUGAACCAGUGGAGAAUGAAUCAGUAGAGAAUGAAUCAGUAGAGACUAAACCAGCCGAAGAUGAAGAAUCGCGGGCCAGCCAACUGAUUGCAUCGAACCAUCAACAAGGUGGACUCAAAGGCACCGAUGAGGUGACGACUAAUGGACAAAAUAUUGAGGAUGGGGACGAACCAGAGAGAGACGGAUCUGAAAAUGAAGUGGGCGAGACUCCUGAGAAAGAACUUUCAUCAACGCGACAAUCGAUCAAUAUGGGUAAGUGGAAACCUGAUAUGAGUGCUUUCAGAAAUGACUUCGUCCAAGAAACAACUAAUAACCCUCCUCCGGGUUUUGUCUACGACGAAACUGGGAAUUUAGUUGAUCUGACGCCGUCUAGUAUGAAACCACGCGUUGUUUCCACAUAUUCUGAAGUAGAGAGUUCAUGGAAUGCAUUUCCUUCAGAAGGCAACGACGAUCUGGAGACUGUUCGGGACACCAAGACGCUAUAUGACAACAACACAAUUCACAAUGUCCCUGGAAUAAUAGGCAACAAUCAAAAUUUACCGCCGCUGCCAAGUAUUACCUCCGGUGUGAACAGUACUGAGAGUUCCGACGAACCCCGGUCUCUCGGGACGGGCACUUCAACCACCCUGACACUCGACGGCGAAAACCGGCGAGGGCCGUUACAAACCCAUUUCAAAGAGGUUUUCACGGUCCCUGCACCGGAUACCAAGGAUAUAGCGAAAGUUACCGGAGAGAAAACUGUACCGUCAUGGAACAUCAACAAGAUUGUGAGCAGUAAAACAUCUCAUGCUGACAAAAUUGAGCAGCUGAGGGCUUAUUCGAAGCAGCUGAAAGACUAUGACACUGGCAUUCAAACGUGGCUCGGUUACACGUUGAAAUCUUCCUCCAAGACUGACAGGGAUUUCAUAUUCGAUGAGUACAAAGUGAGCACGCAUGUCAGAGAUGCGUAUGCCCAUGCCGACGAAUUGAGUAAGAAGCAUACUGUCAGUAACACAGUAGCCAACGUGAAUCAGAACGUCAGUCACUUAACGAAAAAGGUGUUUGCGCACUCCAAGAAAUCCAGAGGACUCUUUUCCUCGAUAGGAAAGAAAAGAGUUUAA